ACUUCUCCCAUCCACACCCGACGCCACCCUGCUGCACUUUCUACUCAUAGUCUCCGCCUAAGUCUAUAUUGCAACCAUGUGGAUUAUUGAUUGGUUUUGGGAUGUUCUGUCCUCGCUUGGACUUAUGAACAAGCAUGCCAAGCUCCUCUUCCUCGGACUUGACAAUGCCGGAAAGACCACGCUGCUGCAUAUGCUCAAGAACGACAGGGUUGCUGUUCUCCAGCCAACCCUGCACCCCACCUCCGAGGAACUUUCGAUAGGAAACGUCAAGUUCACAACCUUUGACCUUGGAGGCCACGCGCAAGCCCGACGAUUGUGGCGCGACUACUUUCCCGAAGUCUCCGGUAUCGUCUUCCUCGUCGAUGCCAAGGACCAUGAGCGUCUUACCGAGUCGAAAGCCGAGCUCGAUGCUCUCCUCGCCAUGGAGGAGCUCAAGAACACUCCUUUCGUCAUUCUUGGUAACAAGAUUGAUCACCCCGACGCCGUCUCCGAGGACCAGCUCCGCUCUGUGCUCGGUCUAUAUCAGACAACCGGCAAGGGCAAGGUGCCUCUCGAGGGUAUCCGACCCGUUGAGGUCUUCAUGUGCAGUGUCGUCAUGAGGCAGGGAUACGGCGAGGGUAUCCGAUGGUUGAGCCAAUAUGUCUAAGCACACUAAUACGACAAGAAUGAGGUUGCCAGAGGAUGGGGAAGAAGCAUGUACAAGGCAUGUGGCAUAUUUGCCCUUGCCAUGGGGGUUGACUGAAUACGGACAUGAAAGCAUGAUGGUCACACGCGUGUUAGAUUUAAUCUUCCGGGCGUUGGCGUUAGCUCUUGAAAUAAUAUUACAUUUUGCAUA